GAAAGGAGAGCUGUGAUCCAGACAGCGAAUCACAUGAGCACAGAUCUGUUUACAAACUGAGCAAGAGAGAAGUCAUCGGCACCAUUACGUGGAGACAGAGCUGCUGGAAAAGACGACAGGAAACGCACUGGAAUCCUAUCACUUUGUCUGGAAAAUGAAUUUUAUCCUUUUGUGUCUCAGCAGAGCAGAUGGUGUGAGGAAGACACAGCUUUGAAUGGGCUGCUUUCACCACGGCUGUACUGCCACUGCUCUUCCUCCUCCUUUGUUACCGGGGAAAACGGUUGACUCUAACGUGAGGGUGAGAAUCUUGAGCAAGAAGACUAUAGAGGAAAGUGGCUGACGACAAUAGAGGAAGGGGUGAGCCUUGUAGACAAUGUGCAUUUUCUCUCUCACUGUUUUGUUAUCGUGACUCCACAGAGAGGUGCAAAAUGAAAACCGCCAAUGACAGCAACUUCACGUCAAGCGUGAUCCGUUGUUGACGUGAAACCACACUGCCAAUCUUUCGUAUUCUCUGCUGCAGUUUGGAUCGCGAUGCUGGAAAAACAGAGCGCUUGGUUUUCAACCUCGCCUGUGGCUGCACAAAGCAUUUGAGAUAUCAAGAAUGAGGCGCUGGUGGGUGAUGGUAAUGUGUUAACCAGAGGCGUUGAAGAUUCAAACUCAUGCUCUUAUGGUGGGAGUUUUGGGAGUGCAAACUUAUAUUAUUGAGUGAGGGGAUCAUCCCACUCCUUUGGCCUGGUUUCAACACUGUCUCUUCGGACACAACUUGCAGGAUCAUCUAGUAUAGUGGAGCAAUCUUGCACCUAUCCAGUGGUGUAACGCAUGCAUUUGUGACACAGACUAUAGACACACUCUGCAAAAUGACCACAGACAUCACCGGUCGUCUUCCACUCAACGUCUAUCUCAUCAUUCUUGGGAUCGGCCUCUUCAUCUUCAUGUUGAGCAUGAUCUUCUGUUGCUACCUGUUCAGACUCAGACGACAGGGAACACAAGAACAAUAUGGAUAUAAUGAGGUUGUUCUAAAAGGCCCAGGGAAAAAGUUGAGUCUUCUCGGACAGACCUGUGCGGUUUGCCUGGAGGAAUUUCGAAGCCGAGAUGAACUAGGAGUUUGCCCGUGUUCUCAUGCCUUUCACAAGAAGUGUCUGGUGAAGUGGCUGGAAAUCCGCAGCGUCUGUCCCAUGUGCAACAAACCCAUCUGCAGACUCCAGCCAGACCCGCCGCAGGGGGCCGAGGGGCCCCAGAACCCCCUGGAGGUGUGACAGAAGAGGGACGUCUCUUCUCAGAGAUAGACCGGCUAUCACACACCUAAAAAAACAGUGUUAAAUCACCACACUACUGAAGCAGGCAGUUGAAGAAGAGUCCCAAAUACAAUUCUCCUGCUGAUGGGGGGAGGGAGGGGAGGUGGGAUUUUUGCGGUGAAGCUGAACUCAUGAACUCGUGCUGUGUUCUUGGUCAUAAUGUAGCUUUCAGCAAGAUAGAUCGAUGCCUUGUGGACUCCAAACAGAUGAAGAUAUUCAGAUUGGGCACAAAACGGGGGGUCUGAGUUGGCCAAUCUGGGCAGUAUAGUCUCCAUCUGAGAUGCACUGUGGUCAGAAUCUAAAGUCAGGAACAGCUCAGAUACCCAGGUCUGGAGCUUGAGGUUCUGUGUGGUCAUCUGUGUUUACUCUUGCCAAUUUUUUGCCGUUUGACGCUCAUUGUUUAAGAGUCAUGAAAGUGUCCUGGGUGCUAAAGGGAGCUCAUAAGAACCCAUGUAGUCCAGAAGAACCACAUAAAAAUGAGAUUUGGCCUAUUUAAGCUAUUUAAGGUGGAUGUUUUGUACUAUAUAUGGCUCUCAAUAAAAUGUAUAGUUUCUGUGAUGGAA